AGUAAGUGCAAAAUAACAAUUGCACUUACUUUUUGUCAUUGUGAAAGCUUCUUAGGUUCAUUUGAGAACAUUAGAGAAGAAAAGUAUUACAGAGAACCAGAAACACACCAGGCAGGUCAGGGUUGAAGACAUGGAGAAAUAUUGAGUAAGAUGAUAUUCCAAGCAAAAUCUCAAGACCCCUGUUUAGCCCAUCAUUUGAAAGUGAAAAAUAGUACGACAACCUACCUAAYGCUGAAAGAGCUGCAGAUAUCCACAGUUCAAGUGGGAGAAGUUUUUGUCAGGGCAACUAUUUCUGAACACAGAAAUYUGGCCUUAACAGGGGAUGGCAAAGACAGCCAUAAAUAAGUCAGGUUAAAGUUUACUGCCAGUCAAGCAAGGGACAUGAAAAACAAAACAAACACAUUGACCACRGUGCUCUGGACAGAUGAGACAAAGUUGAACUUUUUUAGCUACAUGCAAAAGACAUGAUGUUAAAAUACAUUCUACAUCCCCACUCCCCCCCAAAACUUUGUCCAUAUGAUAAACAGUGAUAGUGUCAUGCUGUGAAAAUGCUUGUCAGCAGAAAUAGGAAAGAUGGUCAUUGACCCCAGUUGACGUAAAUCCAGAGUAUUUCUGGUAGAAAACCUAGAAGCUCCAAAAAAAUUUUGAGAUCGGGGUAGAAGAUGUUCACCUACCAGUAGGAUCACAACUCUAUACAUGAACAGCUCCUGUAGGGUCUACAUCAAAGCAAAUGGCCCAGUUUUUUACAUAAAUUUAUCAGUAAAACAUAUUGGAAACCACAUACAGUAUUAAUAUUGUUUUAAAAAUCUGCCCUAUCACUUGAAAUCCCAAUAAUAUGCAUUUAAGUUUGCAACUGCAACAUGACCAAAUGUGAAAUAAGAUAAGGUUUAGGAAUAUUCCCAAGGCACAGUAUUUGCAGCAUUUAUAUGAUGUGCUUAGUGUUUACUGAUCCAGUAGAACUGGUCCUGUUGUGUUUGAGUCAGUUCGUCUGAUGGGGUGGGAUGAUGACUGGGAGGCGCCUGCCCUAUAAUUACCCCCUGUCUCUACCAAACACCUCUUUGUUUACACCCUAAGGAGAGUCAAGUCCAGGCAGUGCUGCUAGCUGUGAACAUUUCACUAAAGUACCAGAGCCAUGUCUGUUUUUCUGCUCAGCUCUCUCAUCAUGCUCUUCGGUGUAGUUUAUGCCUCCGACCCUGCGGAUCCAGUUCUGCUCGGACCUCCAACCAUCGGGUUCAGCUCUUCGGUCCGCUCGGUUUGUAAGCCUAUCCCCAGCACACUGUCUCUGUGCCAAGGCAUCGGCUACCGGCGUAUGUGGAUCCCCAACCUGCUCGGCCACGACUCCCUGAAAGAGGCCCAGCAGCAGUCGGCCGCCUGGCUGCCGCUCAUCUCCAAGCUGUGCCACCAGGACACCAAGAAGUUCCUGUGCUCGCUGUUCGCCCCGGUGUGCCUGCCGGAGCUCGGCGGGCCCGUGAGCCCCUGCAGGAACCUGUGCGAGGCCGUGCGGGACGGCUGCGUGCCCGUAAUGAGCGCCUUCGGGUUCCCCUGGCCCGAGAUGUUUAAUUGCUCUCGGUUCCCGAGCGGGACCGAGCUCUGUAUCCCAGCAACCGGACAGCUGGAGGAGCGGACGGAAGAGGAGGUCAGGCGCGAGGAGGAGCUGAAAGGGAGUAUCAUCUGUGAUGCCUGCUCUCUGACUGCUGAAGGAGAGUCUGACAUCCAGGAAAACUUCUGUCACAGUCCAUACGCUUUAAAGAUGCGUCUGGACAGUGUCUCAACAGUAGGAGGCGACCGUCAGCUGGUGCCUGUGGCCCGCAGCCGCAUCCUGAGGUGGGCAGGGGGAGGUGCAGAGAGGGCGCAGGAGUUUGGAGGCGCAAUGACCCACAGGGCUCUGUGGCUGCAGGAAGGAGCCAGCUGUACUUGUCCUGGCUUAGACUUGGCAGAGACAAGCAACAAGCAAGAGCAAAAUGAGGAGCCGGUUGACAAAAAAAAGGCAAAGAGAGGAGGAAGGCUGGAGAACAGACCCCAAGAUGGAUGGUUCCUGGCCCUAGCUCAGGCUGAAGAAGGAAGACUCAUUUUGACUCGACUCGUUAAGUGGACCCGAGAGGACAAAGAGCUAAAGAAGUUCAUCAGAAGUCUUCUGAAGAAGCCUUGUCCAGAGCUGUAAACAAUUAGCCGUUUAGCCUGUAAGCUAUUAGCAGUAACAUUUUAUAUUUAUUCGCCUAAAUCUAACAGACACAACCAUUCCUAAAUACUACGACUGAGAAAAAUAGACAACAUCACAAAAAUAUUCAAGACUGAGUAGAUACUCCCACCUGGCAUAAGUUGUAUGACACCCUUAAAAUUGAUGUGAUCUAACUGCUAGGGAUUAUUAAAAUUGUAAAAGUUCAGAAUUGGUUUUGUAUUGUGAUGAAAUUACAAUUAACCCACUUUCCAUUACAGCAGACAUCAUGCAUUAGUAGUCUUUUAAUUGAUUUUGAGAAUAUUUCAACUGGAGUAUCUGUUUCUGUAGUAAAAGCUUAUUUUGACGAUAACCCAUAGUUUUUUGUGACUAAAGCAAUUUAUUUUAUUAAUUAGUUUGCUUUAUUUUUUGCAUUACCACAUCUUUUUCUAACAAGGUAGACAUAUAUUUACAUGAAAAAAAGACUUAAAGGAAGUGAAGUGUACCUAAUAUCUAAGUUGAACAGGUUUGGUGCAAGAAAUAAAUGUAGUAACAAUGAAUCUGAGAAUGGGCAGUAAGGAUGCUGAAGUAGUGUAGCUGAUGAUGCUGAGGAUGCACUAGCUGACAGCUCAAGGAAAAAGUAAAAAAAAACUUUAGACAUCAGAAAGCAUUAAAAAAACACCUUCAGUGUGGGAAGUUUGUUUUUGUGUUUGUACUGACAAAUGUGUCUGAUAAUUGAUUUCCAUUUCCUAUUCCAUUUAGUGCAAUAAGCAAAACGUCUUCUGGUUUUGUUAGAAAUGUUAAUUAUUAAAAAUGCAUGGGCAGGGGACCUGGGAAGGAUCUGAAGAGUUAAGGCAUGAAACUAAAUGGGUGAGGGGACAGAAGCAUCAACAGAUAAGAACUUUUUUUAUGACACUAAACAACAUUAGAAAAUUGUAAACUAUGAGGCCGCUUUUAUUGUUUACACCUUGUGAAAUGGUAUUAGCUCUUUUUCACAUACACAUUUCCAGUUCUAAAUGCAUGUUUCCCAUGUUUUGAAAGUACGAAAUAAUAAUAAAAAAAUAUAUAUGUAUCUGGCGUUAUCAGUUUUCAGUUCAAGUUGUCCACAGCCUGAUUGUUACAAAAUUCAAACUUGCAAGAUGCUACUUUAUUUGAUUUGUUAUUAUUUUUUUAGAAAACCUUUCAACUCUGAAGAAUGAGACAUAGAGCUGUAUUCUGAUUGUUGGCCAUUUCAACAUAUUUGUGGUGAAGUUACACAGGCAGUGAUGGUGAUGCAACUUUUGGAAAGUUACUAUUUCACAUCAAGUGUAACCCUUCAACGACAAUGUUUGUGGAGUUUUACUUGCAUGCAUAAAGAAAAUAUCCACAUCAUAAAGAAAUUCUCAAGUCAUAUUAAUUAACUUUUUUCAUCCAAUUUGUAUGUAUUUCACAUAGUUUUGCUGUGUUUGAAUAUUCCCCUGUGUAUUUAAUUAAACCCAUCAGUGAAUUA